AUGCCUGGAGAAGCCGCCUGCCCACGGCGCCCAGUCUGCUCCUCCGGCCCCAAACGCGGUGCCGACGCAGCCCCGAGCCAGCUGGGCUCUGCUGCGGGGCGGCACCGCGGCUCGCCGGGCCCUCCGCCCCGUCCCGAGCCCGGCGCCUGCGGCUGCUGGCCGCGCCCCAGGGCUCUGUGGGGCAGGGCGAGCGGCGCCGGCCGCGGGCAGCGCCCGGCCCAGGGUCAGAGCCCGCAUCAACCCUUUCCCUCCGUGCCCUGCCGCUCUCUGCAGCUGGCAGAGGACAGGAGCCGAGCGGCCGAGCACCUGCGCCUGACUCUGCCGUACCUGCGGAGCGCACAGGAGCCCCUGCGAGAGGCGGCCGUCAGGUUCAUGGGAAUGGCCGGGCGCUACCUGACAGGGCAGCAGCCGGAGUUCCACAUCAUCUGCAGCGCCCUUCAGGACAUGACGGAUGACAGCAGCCCAGCCAUCUCAUGCUUGGCUCUUCAAGCUCUGUACAUCCUUUUAGCUGUACGGAGCGUUCCCUCCUCCCGAGUGCAGAGGAUGCGAGACCAACUGCGCCGCCUCUGGAAGUGGCGGCCUUUCCUGUGUGGCCGUGGCUGAGUGUCCUGCCGCGGCGCUGCGGAGAACGGAUCCGGGAGGCUGCGUCUGCUGGGGCCACCUGAGCCUGCGGGGAACAGCUCUCCUCUGCCAGCACCUCCUUUCCCUUCACCCACUAGAGGAACAUUAAAUUGCUG